AAGAAACUGAAGAAAAGCAGACUAAAGAUAAGAAAGAAACUGAAGAAAAGCAGACUAAAGAUAAGAAAGAAAAGACUGAGAGCAAAUUAGUUUUAGAAAAGAAAGAGGAGGUAGAAGUGAAGAAAACAAAUGAGACCGAACCAAAGGAGAAUCCAGAAAGUGAAGAGAAAGGUGUUGAAAAGGGAGGAAAAAUGCAGAAAAAGAAGGGCCAGGAAAUAGGAACCAAAGUAGAAUCCAGAAAGGCUAGCAAAGAAGAAGUACAAACAGAUGACAAAACAGACAAAAAAGAAGAGGAAGUUGAGAUGAAAAAGAAAACAGAUGAUGGAGACAGUGAUUCCAUCAAGGAAGAAAAGGAUGAAAAUGAAGGAAAUGAGAACAAGGAAGAAAAAGAAGAUGAGGAAGGAAGUGAGAACAUGGAAGAGAAAGAAGAUGAGGAAGGAAAAGAAAUCAAUGAAGAGGAGGAAGAAGACGACGAAGGAUGUGAGAGCACAGAGGAGAUGGAAAUCGACUUGGAUGCCAGUGGAUCCUCUAAGAGUGAAGGCACAGGUUCAGCCAACACCUCGCCGGUUGCGUCAUCUAAAAGCUCUGAUAAGCUUGAGGUUUCCAAGUCUUCGGAGCCGAAAACUCCGGUCAGUGUGCAAAUGGCAAAGAAGCUCACUCCAAAGCAACUGGCAAAGGAAGCAGAGAGGCAGCAAAAGAGGGAUGAGAGAGAGAGGUUGAGGAAAGAAAGGGAGAAGAAAAAGCUGGAGGAACUGGCUGAGAAGGAGAGGCUCAGGAAGCAAAAAGAGGAAGAGAGGCAGAAAGCAAAAGAGGAGAAGGAGAGGGCCAAAGAGGAGCUGAAAAGGAAGAGACAAGAAGAAAUUGAAGCAAAAAAACUGAAGAAAGAAGAGGAACAGCAGUUAAAAGAAGUUGAGAGGAUGAUAAGAGAAGAGGAGGCACGGCUAGCACAGGAAGAAAAACAAAAGCAGAAAGACAAACUGAAGAACAAGUUUGCCAGUUUCUUUGUUGCCAAGAAGAGAGACCCAGAGGAGGCUGAGGAAAAGAGCAGCAAUGGGAACUUCAAGGAAUUUAGGGUAAAGGAAGACAUGCAGCUUGCUCCAUUAGUGCGUACAAAUUUCACAGAGGAGCGCCGGACAUCUCUUAUUGAGUAUUUAACCAAACAAACAAAAGAUUCAUCUGAAACCUACUUGACUGUUCUCAAAAUGGGAACUUAUGCACCUUGCAAAUUUCAACGCACUUGGCCUUUUGAGAACAAGAAGGAAGAAGUCGAUGAUGAUAUUGAAAUUAUUGAGGAUGAAGACGGGGAUAUGGAUGCAGGAGAUUCAAUGGUUCAGGAAGCAGAACCAGAUCUGAAUAGCAAGACAGUUAAGGCCAAGCUGCUACAGUUUUGUGAAAAUCGCAGACCAGCAUAUUGGGGAACCUGGAGCAAGAAGAGCCAAAACAUCUGUGCACGACGGCCUUUUGCUAGAGAUGAUAUUCUCAACUAUGAGUACGACAGUGACGACGAUUGGGAGGAAGAAGAAACGGGAGAGAGCCUGAGUGACUCUGAGGGAGAGGAGAAAGAGGAAGAGGAGAAAGAGGAAGAGGGGGGAGAUCAGUAUGAAGUUGAUAAUGACUUCUUUGUCCCUCAUGGCUACCUCUCGGAUGAUGAGGGCAAGUCUGACCAAGAGGAAGAGGAAGAGAAUGGGCAGGAAGAGGAUGAUGGAAGCAAACACAAAGAGCAGCUGAAACAAAAACAAGCAGAAUUUGAAGAGGAAAUGAAAAAGAAGACAAAGCAUCUGAAGCCCCGUGUUAUUGGUUCUUUAUGGAUGGCAGAUGCAAACAAUAAUCCAGCUUUCAAUCAACUCCUGAAGAUCCUGAAUCCACACAAAGCAGUGAGCUUAGGAACCAGCCUUCCCAUUGGUACUCGUCAUGGUGGAGUAAUUCCAAAGGACGCAAAGGAACAGAAAGAUGAUGAUGAUGGGUCAGCUGAAGACAAAGGAAAUACUAAAAAGUUCUGCAAAACUUUCCCUGAAGAAGCUGUGCCUGCUCUCAUCAAGCUCGUCCAUGGAAAUCGCAAUGGGAAGGUUUUCCUUUCCCGUGAGUUUUCUGACUUUUGGCGAAAACUGCAAGCAGGAGAACUGGUAGAGGAACAGUUAGAGGGCAUUCCAAUGCUUUCUUCUCCUGUUCAAGCCAACAUGUUUUUGGCUCGGAAAAAAGUGGAAUCCAAAAUUCAGGAACUGGGCCACUGGCGUAAAUGUCCAGAGGAAGGCCCCUUCAACAAGGUCAUGAUGUGGUAUGUCUCAAAGCAAGUGCGAGAAGAGCAUGGUGUUCCGGAUAUAACUGUGCCAAAUUCUUGGAAUUUUAUUAAUAAACCUAAGGAAAAGCGGGAGGUGAAUUUUGAAGACCCAGAUACCAUGGAAGACAGCAAAUCCAACAAGGCUGGAAAACUGACUCCCAUCACAGCAUUCACCAAGAAACUACCAACAACCCCAUCCUCAGCAAACACCUCCCCUACCUCUACACCAGCUACAACACCUCAAACCUUGAAGUCAAGUGAAGGAUCUCCAAGCAGCGCAUCGCCUGCACCAGUGACUCCAAGUAGAAGUGCCGAGAGUCCUCCCAACAGCACAGGGGAAACGCCGUCAGGAAAAUCAGGGACUCCUGGACAGCCAAAGAAAAAAGUGGCUCUCUUCUCUGUUCCACGCAAUCAAGAGAUAACAGAUGCCCAGAAAGCAUCCUUUGUGUCCUUCUUUAAGAAGAAUGCAGAAAAAUCGCCCGCGCCCACUAAGUCAGAUUCAACAAAAGACAAAUCCAGUGAAAAGACCAGUGAGCCGGAUCCUAAAAAUGAUGAUGACGACGACAUUCAGUGCAUAACAUUAGAUUAGCUUUAUUAUUUUUAUAUUUGGCACUAACCUAUAGUAUGUUUUAAGGGAUAUUUUAUAAUUUUAUUUGGUUUUCUCAAUAUAUUGCUAUUUUAAAGUUUAUGGUAAUUACAAUAAAAAUAAGAACCAUUUUUUUGUGGGAGCUAUUUGUUAAAUAAGUAUUUAAAAUUCUCCAGUGUUUAUAUUUUUCAUGGAAUUUUUAAUGAAGUAGCAGAAUCAGUUACUUAAUCCUUUUCUGUAGAAUCAAACUGCAAUAUGAUUGAAUUUACUCUGAAAAAAUUAGAUAUACCUAAUAUAUAGUAUAUAGUUUCCAUUUUUAAUACAAUUAUUGUAAAAAAGAA